CCCGGACCGUGGGAAGGACCGUGGGAAACCCAACGACCCCUCUCAGAAGCGCCGGGGCAUCCCCUGCGCGGUGAUCCUACACAGCACGAGCGGCAACUCAGCAAGUUCCACCCUGCGGGUCUCUCUGAAGCGCUUUCUCGGCGAGACAGCAGC